AAAAAAAGUAAAUAUUGGAAAAUUCUUAAAAAAAUUUCUUUUUCACUGAUUUUUCUUAAGAUUUCCACAGAUUUUCUUAAUUUUUCGUCAUGUUAGCGACCUCGGUCUCCCUGAUCAAGUCAAAAUUCGUGCCGUCGUACCUCCAAACAUGCUUUCGGGCCAUCAGCACUUCACAAAGUCUCGCAAAAGCUGAAGAUCGGAAACAGAUGAUGCGGUCCCUGCCGAAGCCCGAUGAGGGUAUUCAAGGAGCUGAGACUGUUGACAUCGAUCAUGUCAUUACAAAGGAUUCGCUUUUCCCGGAUGAGGACACGCCAAAUCGCCUUUUUAAUGGAGUUCCGUACAAAGAUACGUCGAUUUGCAAUAUAAAGGUGUCGAAAAAUAAUACAAUUAUCACCGUUUGUGAUAGCAAAGGCAAGCCGAACAUCAUUAGGUCGUGUGGCGUUGAAGGAUUUAAGCAUGCGAGGAAGGGAACGAAUAUUGCGGCACAGGCGACGGCAAUUACGAUUGCUCAAAAAGCGUAUGAACGUGGAAUAAAGCAAGUUCGAGUGACGAUUAGCGGAAUGGGACCCGGAAGAAUGUCCGCUAUCAAAGGUCUCACAAUGGGAGGAUUGAACGUAAUUUCGGUAACGGACACCACUCCGGUAUCUUGGAAUCCACCGAGGCCCCGCAAAGUCCGUCGUUUGUAAUUAUUUCUGCCCUUAAUAGUUAAAAAAAUUAAAUAAAAAAUCUUGAAAAAAA